AUGACUGACAGCAUCAACGAAGAAGCACCAAGACAGGAAUGUUCAUCCGACAUUGAACGGCAGUCACCUCCUCCCACCCAUUCUGCACCUCGAUUCCCCUUUGAAAGCAAUCUUCGACUCGAUAUGACUGGCUCGCCAGUCCCUCUUAUUACAGAAGCCAGUCCACCAACCACUCCAGUGAUGUUUCUGCCCAUCACUGAAGGGACUUCCUGUGAUGACACCGCUGAUAGCGUCUCUAAUGACACUGCUGACGCUGACAACAUCUCUCUUCCUUCAAAGCUUCCCAAAACGCCUGACACCGUUAUGUCGAGGGGAGAUGAAGAGAUCAAAGGCGAUGGGCAUCCUUCGAAGCUUUAUGAGGAGGAAGAAGGAGAUGAUGGCAGUGACAGCACGUCACAUGCUGUGAUUGCUGCAGGGAAUCGCAAGGAGAAGCAAUGGUCCUUGCCACCGAAGUGUGUGAUGAUCGCUGUACUGCCGGUGGUAUUUUUGGUCAUGCUGGCUACGACAUUAUACUUUCUUCUUGGACAAGGACAACAACAAGGAAGGGAAGCAACUGUGCCAGCUGCAUUUUAUAAAGAGAGGUCCACUCCCCAGCCAACAGUGUUCGCUCCGUUUGAAACAGGUGUGCCCAGUGAAGCACCAUCCAGUCGCCCAACCCAAGGGCCAACACCAACAAGAGUGAAUGUCGCACCGCGUCCCCCGACCAAUCGCCCAACAUCCGACCCAACGUCGAGACCAACUCGUAAUCCAACGUCCUCGACGAGUCGCCCUACGCAAAGACCAACUCCUAACAACCCAACACCGAGGCCAACAAGACUAUUUGAAGCACCACGUCCCUCAGCCAUGACCAGUCGCCCUACGCAAAGACCAACUCUAGGCCCAUCUCCCAACCCAACACCGAGACCAACUCCCAAUCCGACGCCCUCCACCACGACCAAUCGCCCUACGCAAAGACCAACUCCCAACCCAACACCGAGACCAAGUCCACGACCCAAUCCAGCUCCCGCUCCUAUUGAAGACAUCAUUUCCGAUUUCUUGUUCAAAAAGAAUAGCGAUAAUAACGCUGUCAAUCCCAACGAUGCAUCGGUGCAAAAGGCUCUGCGAUGGUUGGAGAAUGAAGCCGAUGCAGCUCAAUCCAUACCCUUUCCAUUGGACCAAAAAUAUCUUCAACGAUUUGGUAUUCUCAUACUCUACUUCUCUGUCGCUCCGAAUGUCCAACCUUCCAGCUCCAACAAAGGACGCUUGCCCAAUCUGGGCAUGCAGAAUCAAGACGAAUGCUCUUGGACCGGCAUGAGAUGCAAUGGAAAUGGCAUGUUGACCAGAAUCAAACUUUCGAACAGGCAAUUUGAUGGCACCCUUCCUGCCGAGUGGGGCUUCUUUCCAAAUCUGAAGUCGAUUGACUUUUCCAAUAACAAGCUGAAAGGAAUUAUUCCGCAAACCAUUUACGGUCUCUCUCGAAUCGAAGAGUUGUACUUGUACAAGAAUCAAUUGAGUGGGAGUAUUAGCUCCAAGAUUGGUAACUUGUGGCGCUUAGAGAGGUUCCACCUUAGUCACAACAAGCUUGAAGGAUCGAUUCCGAAAUCAAUUGCGUCUACCUUAAGUCGGGCUCGUAAACUUCGCUACUUUAAUGUCCAUCGCAAUCAAAUGACAGGUACUAUUCCAUCCAACAUGCGGUUGCGGCAAUUGUACACCAUUGACCUCGGACAUAACAAAUUUAGUGGUACAUUGCCUCCUGACUUUGGGACAGAAUCAAUCAGAUUGAGGCACCUCAUGCUGGACUACAAUGGAUUUAGCGGAACUUUUCCCUCUGAGGUCCUCAACGCUGGUGGAGGACGUCUCAUCACACUCUUUGUUAACGACAACAAAUUCAGUGGAACUUUUCCGGGAGACCAUGAUAAUACGGACUCUAUGUCUGAAAUGACAAUUCAAAACAACAACUUUGUUUCGAUGCAAAGGAACGCUACCUGUCAACUGGAUGUCUUUUCGGGUGGUGAGCUAGUCGAAUUCAAAUCGGAUUGUCUCGUUUGCCGAUGUGGGUUCGCGUUGAUGUGCCGAUACUGCACGUUGUAG